CACUUUCGACGGGUAGGUUUUUGCAGACGGAAGGUGAAAAAUUUUCCACAUUACGAAUUGCGAAAAUUUUACAUUUCAAAUAGUUUUUUCCUAUUUCAUUUGAUUGAUUUUUUAAAUUGUGCUCUAUUCUGAUCUUUAUAAAAUAUCUGCAAUUUAGAAGAUCAAAAGUUGAAAACAUUUGCCCUGGAACCAAAAAGCAAUUGCGUGCUUGUCAACGUCGAAAGGUUGAAACUGCAGCGCAGCAGGCAACACUCGCUCGGGGAAACGGGGCAACGUCGCGCUCGCUAUUAAUUGUGUUUGCUUUACUCUUGAGUUAUUUUUUUUAUUCGUCGACGAUUGUGUCGGCCGUAAGCAGAAACAUUUCUUAAUAAAAAAAAAACUUGGAAUCGAAUAAAAGCCAACAUGAGUGGUGGACUGCCGGAGUUAGGCUCGAAGAUCAGCCUGAUUUCGAAAGCCGACAUUCGAUAUGAAGGCCGCUUGUAUACGGUGGACCCGCAAGAGUGUACAAUUGCUCUAUCGAGUGUGCGCUCAUUUGGAACCGAGGAUCGCGACACACAGUUCCAAAUAGCGCCGCAGUCGCAGAUCUACGAUUACAUCUUGUUUCGCGGCUCGGAUAUUAAAGACAUUCGCGUCGUCAACAAUCAUAAUCUGCCGCAUCACAAUGAUCCGGCCAUUAUGCAGGCCCAGUUACAGAAUGGUCCUCAGGUGAUGCCCCAGCAUUUCCCAAUGAAUGCACCAACACCACAGCAGCAGCAACAACAACAACAGCAGCAGCAGCCCCAGCAUACUGGUGGACCAUCGAUGGGUGGAGCCGGAGGACCUGGUGGUGUUGGUGGUUAUGGCAACGGCAAUCCAUUUGGCGCCUUGGGUGCACCCAGUCUGGGACCAGGCUCAUUGGCACCGGGCAGCGGAGCCCCGGGCAGUGGCGGCGGAGGUACCUUCAUGAACAUUGGUGGUAAUCAGCAGCAACAACAGCAGCAGCAACAGAAGCCUCAGCAGCAGCCAAAACCAAUUUCCGUUUUAGAUAUGCUUGCGAGCGCUUCACGUUCGACAACGCCUAUUAGCCUCAUUAUCAGUCCAACGGCCGAUCUGACUCAGCAGCAGCAGCACUCCCAGCAGCAGCAGCAACAACAAUUACAUCAACAAAAUUCGAUACAAGCUCUUGGUGGUGGCAAUGCGCGCGAUGCCGGACAUAAGCGCCAAAACCACCAACAGCAGCAGCAUCAGCAAAGAUCUGGACCCAAUAAUAUGUCGCAACAGCAGCAGAGGAACAACCAUAAUAACGACUUUUACAAUCAUCCCCACCCCAACCAGCAGCAGCAACAACAGCGUGAUCGGCGCGACUCUGGCCGUCAAAUGGAUAAUAAUAACUAUAACAAUUAUAAUAAUAACCAACGUAAUAAUCGUGGUGCUGUCGGCGCUGGACAAAUGCAGCAACGUGGUGGAGGCGGAGGAGGAGGUGGAAAUAAUGCAUGGAAUAUGCAUCGCGGCGGUCCACAAAAUUCCAAUAUAUUCCGCGGCAAUCGCGGAAUGGGAGCACGUGGCCCAAUGCGACCAAAUCAGCAGGGCUAUCGUCCACAAUCGGCCAAUCAAAAUAAGCCUCGCAACAAGAUCAAAUUUGAGGGUGAUUUCGAUUUCGAGCAGGCCAACAAUAAAUUCGAGGAGCUGCGCACCCAACUGGCGAAACUCAAGGUGGGCGACGAACCCAACACCAAAACCACAGCACCAACAACAGCAACAACAGCCACAACAACAACAACAACUAGUUCUACCACUACCGAACAGUUGAAUGGUGAAACUGAUAAGAAGGAUGAUUCUGGCAAUGAGACCGGCGCUGGCGAACAUGAGCCCGAGGAGGAUGAUGUUCAUGUUGGCUACGAUAAGACCAAAUCUUUCUUUGACAACAUUUCGUGCGAGGCUGCCCAGGAUCGCAGUAAGAACAAGAAGAAUGACUGGCGUCAGGAGCGCAAAUUGAAUACGGAGACAUUCGGUGUCUCAUCCACUCGACGUGGCAGUUAUCGCGGUCGCACCCAUUACAACCAUUACAACAAUGGCAACACGAUGGGCGGCGGCGGUGCUGGUAAUGGCAUGAACUCGGGAUAUGGCGGCGCUCCCGGCUACAAUCGCAACAAUUAUCGCAUGGGCGGUGGCGGUGGCACCUAUCGCAAUCGCAGCAACAAUCGAAACAAUAACCGCGGCGGUCCCAACAAUAUGACCAAUGGAAAUGGCAAUGGUGGUGGCAGCACAGCCGCUGCACUGAAAGCGGCCAACAAUGCUGCAGGAGGAGUUGCAGGAGCAGCUACUACUGGCAACAAUUCAACGGACAACUCGGCAUCAACCAAUGUCCCAACAACGAAGACGGCCACGUCUACGCUGGCAGAGCAGCAGACGCAACAGGUGGCGGCAGUUUCCCAAUAAUGUCGCAGAAGUGGAGGAGGAGUUCCCUUGCCGCCUAACUUUACAAAAUCGAAAAGAAAACAGUCCUACUCAUCACUACCACUACAAAAGCUAGUUACCCGAAAGCAACAGAAUCAAGCGACAGAUCGACGACAAACAAGGCUCUUAUCAUCAUCAAUAUCAAUGGAAUGGAAAUCGAGGAGGAGGAUUAGUUAUGGAUCUAAUGAUGGCAAAAACAAAUUAAUUGUACAAUUUUACUUAGUGUUGUUAAAACGCUCAUGACGUCCUGCUGCGCGCACACUUCUGCCCGCCCACCGUGUUGCUUUGCUAUCUAAUAUAUGUUCUCUAUAUGAUCAUGAUCCGAAAGCGUUUGAGAGCAGCGCCAUAUUAAAUAAUGAAUGAUAGGUUUUUUGUGUAAAUGAUGGCAUGCUAAUAAUAACGUAACGUCGUCUCCAGCGAGGCAGCACACUUGAUUAACAAAAACAUAGUGAGAUGAACAUAACAUACACACCUCUACAUAUAUAUUUAGUAAUAAAUGUGAAGAAAACAUUAAGCAUAAGUCUAUGAAAAGUUAAAAAGAAAAUAACUCUAGGAGUCGCAAAUUAUGAAAUUAAAGGAAAAAGAAACAAACAAAAAAAACACAAACAUUAAAUCCAUGGAAUUCCCAAAAAAUUAAUAAAAACAAAACGCAAUUCACAUGUUUAUAUUUUAACAAUACAAAAAAAAAGUCUACAACUAUACUUAAUGUGGGCGACAUACCAACAUACAAACAUAAAUAAAUUAAUUCAAAGCGUUA